GCGGCCCCACACAGUUGCUCCAUGUCUCCCAUUGGUGCUCCGCCGGUCAUCAUCUCAUGUUCGUGAGUGGUCCAUGUGACAAUCGCUACCCAGCGCUGGGUCGGUCGGUGGUGGGGGUAGGGUGGCGGCGGCGGCACAUGUGGGCUUCCCUGGACUUCUGGUUGACGUCCGGCACUCCCAUCUCCAUCCCUGGCCCACAAUCGUAUGCUGCUGCUGCCGCCCUGGCCCAUAAUCGCCUUCUGCAGCUGCCAGUGCUGCGACUGGCAAGCAAGGGCUGUUUGCCUUCUGCAGUUGCCUUUGCUGCGACUGGCAGUCACUCAGAGUCUCAGCUGGCCAGUGAGCAACUACCGGAGCAGGCAGGCAGCAAUGCUGGCAGCAGGCAACAAGGAUGCAGAGCAGAGGGUAACACACCUCAUCACUUUGUGCUUCCCCCUACCCCUCUCCAUCCCACCCCAGACUCUCGGCUGGCCAGUGAGCAACUACCCGGAGCAGGCAAGCGGCCACGCUGGCAGCAGGCAGCCUUGCUGGCUGGAUGGAGGAGGAAUCUUUCCGAGCAACUCCCUUCGAGGAAGAGGUGA